AUGAACAGAAAUGACGCGUUUAAAUUAAUAAGUGAAUGUGUGUUGUUAACCACAGCAUCUUUCUCCGUUUAUUACCUUUUAAAUACACUUAUGGGAGAUCCAAGCCAUCGUAACAAUGAUGAAAAGAAACGUACAGCAAAACAUCUGUCAAAACUUAAGAAGCAAUCACCAGAAAUGAAACAAGUGCUUGACUCAUUAUCUAAUUAUGAAAAAAUAAUGCUAGCCUAUUUAAUCCCCCCUACAGAUAUCGAAGUUUCAUUCAAUGAUAUUGGAGGAUUGGAAGAUGUUGUGAGUGAUCUACGUGAAAGUGUGAUUUUGCCGCUUGUUUACCCACAGUUGUUUACCCAAUAUGGCUCAUUGUUAGCAGCACCUAAAGGUGUUUUGCUCUAUGGGCCACCUGGGUGUGGAAAAACAAUGCUAGCUAAGGCUUUGGCAAAGGAGAGUGGCUCGAACUUUAUCAGUAUAAGAAUGUCUACUAUAAUGGACAAGUGGUUUGGUGAAAGCAACAAAUUAGUGGAUGCUUUGUUUAGUUUGGCUUCUAAGCUUCAACCAUGCAUUAUAUUUAUUGAUGAGAUUGAUUCGUUUUUAAGGGAAAGAAGUUCCACUGAUCAUGAAGUUACAGCUACUAUGAAGGCAGAAUUCAUGACAUUAUGGGAUGGUUUGGUAAGUUCCGGACGUGUUCUUGUUCUUGGUGCCACCAAUAGACCUGGCGAUAUUGAUUCUGCCUUUUUGAGGCGUAUGCCCAAAAGAUUCAGCAUUGGGUUGCCGAAUGAUGAGCAACGUGAGAAGAUUCUAACUAAGCUGCUCUCCGACGUCCAACUGGAUUGUAGCGUUAAGGAUUUAGUAUCCAUUACGGAUGGCAUGAGUGGUUCUGAUUUAAAGGAGUUAUGCCGAAAUGCAGCUGUAAAUUCUACUAGGGAAUAUAUCCGUAAGCAUAUCCUGGACACAAAUGGAGAAAUGCAGAUCCACAAUACAAAGGAAAUUUCAUUGCGUCCAUUAAAAACGAAGGACUUCUUGGACGCAAUGGAUCCUGAGAAGGUUAUGAAACUAAAUGUGACUUCUGACUUAGAUUGA